AUGGUUGAACGGAUGCAUGUUGAACGUCUCCGUAUCAAACUUAGUUUCGAAGGAUUGUUCUAUGUUGAUAAUCCAGGUCUAAGUGGUGGUUUAGCGUUAUUGUGGAGGAAGAAUAAUAACGCAAGUCUUUUGAGCUUCUCCAAAAAUCAUAUAGAUGUGGAGAUUCGUGUUAGUGGUAAAAUGUGGCGUAUGACGUGCUUUUAUGGUUUCCCGCAGCGAGAAAAGGGGAGGGAAUCAUGGGAGCUGCUAAGGACUCUAGGUGGUAGAUCUUUGCUACCUUGGGUUGUGAUAAGGGACUUUAAUGACUUACUCUAUCAGUAUGAGAAGAAGGGAAGGAAUCCACAUCUGGAUAGUCUCCUACGCGGUUUUGGGGAGGUUGUGGAUGGUUGUGGUUUAGUACAAAUGGCUAUGAGGGGUCAUCCUUUUACCUGGGAAAAGAGCAAGGGCACUUAUAACUGGAUUGAGGAGAGGCUGGAUAAGGUGCUAGCAACGGCAUCAUGGGGAGAGGUAAAUGGCCAUGCAGAUGUGGAAAAUAUACGGACUCGCACUUCUGACCACUCAGCUCUCUUUCUUUGUAUCAAUGCUCCAUGCACGCGAGGUGGGAGGGGCCCGAGGGGGUUUAAGUUUGAGAUGGCCUGGCUUCUGGAUGAAGGAUGUAGGGAUGUGGUUGAAACAACUUGGAAUGAGGGGAGAGCUGAGGGGUUGUUGAAUUGUCAACAACAAUGUGGAAACAGUUUCAUGCGGUGGGGUGGGGAGUAUUUCCAGAAAUUUGGGGAUCGUAUAAAGCAAUUACGGAGAAAAUAUGAUGAUAUUAGACACAGACGGGAUCCGGAGGCAAUUGCCGAAUUCCACGGUUUGGAGAAUCAAUUGCCCCAGCUAGAGGCACAGGAGGAUAUUUUCUGGAGGCAGCGAGCGAAGCAGCACUGGCUGCAUGGAGCUGAUGCGAACACAAAGUUCUAUCACAUGUAUGCUUCUGCUCGUAAGAAAAAAAAAAUUAUUGAUAGAUUGAAAACUGAUGAUGGGGUGUGGGUGGAAGGGGAGAAUAUGAGCUCUAUUAUUGUGGAUUAUUUUAAAGGGAUUUUUGCUACUGUUGGAACGGAUGUGUCUGAUUUUGUAAUUAAUUCUCUUAACUCCUACGUGCUUCCUGAUGGCUUGAAUGAUAUGAAUAUUGUGCUUAUCCCAAAAAAAAGUGUGUCUGAGAUUGUAGCAGACAAGAGACCGAUUGCUUUGAGUAAUGUUUUAUACAGAAUUAUGGCUAAAAUGAUAUCUAACAGAAUGAAGCCACUUAUGGGAGACUUAAUCUCGGAAUCCCAAAGUGCUUUUAUUCCUGGAAGAUUAAUCACGGAUAAUAUUUUGGUGGCAUCGGAAAUAGGGCAUUAUUUGAAUAGAAAGCAGUGUGGUUUAAUGGGAUGGGAAGCUCUUAAAUUGGAUAUGGCGAAAGCCUAUGACAGAAUGGAAUGGAGUUUUAUGAGGAGAAUGCUGGAAGUAAUGGGAAGGCUUGUAUAUGUUAUUACAGAGAGCUCAGAUGACAUGCAUGAUACAUGGAUGCAGAGUGGCCAGGGGAGCCCCCCAAUCUCGCAUAUGUUCUUUGUGGAUGACGGUCUAUUAUUUUUCAAAGCAAAUAUUCAGGAAGCCAGUGUGAUUAAACAGUGUUUGAUAAGCGCUAUUUUAGGGAGCUUGACAGACACCCUGCAAUCUGUAAUUUCCUCUGCAUCAUCUGCCCGUGAUGCUUGGAAUCGUCUCUCUACCAGCUACGCCGCAUCCUCUCGUUGUCGCAUAGUCUCCCUAAAAGCCAGACUAACAAAAUAUCCAAAGGGUAACCGAUCAAUUAAGACUUAUAUGCGAGAGAUGCGAGCCAUCGCUGAUGAUUUAGCUCUUGCCCAGAGCCCUAUCAGUGAAGAAUACCACAUAUUCACACAACUUGGUGACGAGUUCAAUUCCAUUGUAGCUGCUCUCCGCGUGCGCACUGAAGUUAUUUCAUAUGGAGAAUUACCGGAUGUAUUUACAGAUUAUGAAAGAUUACUGAAGGACAAUGAAGCUGCCACCUAA